AUUGGCAUGGCUGCACUUACCCCUGUGUUUCUCUUUUUUCUCUUUCUCUCUGCCCAUUCUGAUGAAAGUUCUAAGUUGGAUUCAUCGUGCUUUUCAGCCAUUCCGAUUUCCAACUCGGUUGCUGCUCUCUACGUGUUUGGGGACUCGACCGUUGAUGCCGGCAACAACAAUUACAUCGACAAUGCCGCAAGGGCUAAUUUUUUGCCUUAUGGCAUUGAUUUCAACAACACCCCCACUGGCCGUUUUACCAACGGAAAAACUAUUGCCGAUUUCAUUGCGAUAUUAUAUAAUCUUUCACUACCCCCUCCGUAUUUGAGCUUGAUGGAAGCACAAAGGAAGACCACCAUGGGCGGCAUCAAUUAUGCUUCUGCUGGAUGUGGUAUCUCCCCCAACACCAAACCAACCGAGGUGAAAUAUUUUCAACUUUUCUUGCUUCUUGUGAAUCCUCUAAAUCUGACUGUCCAGGAAGAUCUGCCAUGUAUGAUUGAAGAUCCACAAGAGCUCGCUGAGUAUCUUGCAAAUUCCAUAUUUUUCAUCUCCGUGGGGGGCAAUGACUACAUCUUAAACUUUAACAACCACCACGACCCUGAAUAUUUUGCAAAUUCUCUCUUAGUUCAGUUUCGAUGGUGUUUGCAGACACUAUAUAACAUUGGAGCCAGAAAUCUAGUGGUGAACAACAUAGGUCCUCUGGGAUGCUUGCCGUCGAUGAUAAACAAGACAGGAAACGGGCAGUGCGAUGAACGGCUGAAUCAUAAUAUCAUGCCAUACAACUCGCAACUUCCCCGGACUCUACAAAAUAUCCAGGACGAUUAUCCUGAUGCUACCCUCACUCUGGCCAACAGCCAUGAUCUUCUUCAAGAUAUAUUGGCAGACACUGAAAAAUAUGGGUUUACAGAUGUAAAAGAUCCGUGUUGCAGAGGCUAUGUAAAUGGGAAACUAGCUUGCAUCCCAAACUCUACACCAUGUGACAACAGAUGUCACUUAAGAAGAUACACAUUUCACCACACCAGUGAAUUUGCAAAUUGUAUCUUUGUUCGACACAUGCUUAUUAAGGAUUGA